AAGGAUGGGAACUUAAGAAAAACAAAACAAAAAAUUGUCUUCAUCAUGACGUUUAUUUCAAUCUCAAGAAGCCCAAAGAAAUUAUUAAGAAACUUUCUACUGGCCUUUCUCAUCAUCUUUGCCGUGCGGUUAAAGCUGAGCAAGCAGAAGGAGGCAGCAGCAGGCAGGGCCGCCGAAGUGACCGAUGAACCCAGAGUCGAAGUCCUCGGCAACAGGGCCGCCCUCCGCGUCAAACCGAAGACCGAGCAAUGGGCCUUGGAGAUGGAGGAGGUCCCCCUCGAGUCGGUAGACCUCGAGGAAGUCGGCCUCAGGCUAGAGGAACGAAGGUCGGAGAUCAGGCGUCGGUGCGAAAGGUUCCUCACGUCGGAGGAGCUGCAGGAGGCGCCCAACAGCAGGGAGUUCCUCAUCAACAAGGACUACGGCCUCGUGUGGUGCAACGUGUUCAAGGCCGCCUCCUCCACGUGGCUCUACAACUUCCUGCUCCUGGCCGGGAUUUCCAAGAAGGUCAUCGAAAGGUCGAGAACCUCCCCCGUGGAGGUCGCCCGCACGAAGGCCUAUCCGCGGCCGUCCGUCGAGGAGCUCCGGGCCUUCGUCGCUUCGGCCAACGCCACGUCCUUCCUGAUCGUCCGGGAGCCCUUCCAGCGCCUCCUCUCGGCCUUCAGGGACAAGAUCGAGGCCAACCACCAGGCGCAUUAUCGAUCGCUGAGGUGCCACAUCCAGACCAAGGUCGGCAGGAGGUCCCGUCGGGGCGUGGACUGCCAGCCGACCUUCCCCGAGUUCGUGGACUACCUGCUGGAGGAGCGGGCGAAGGGCCACGCCCCCAACGAGCACUGGGCGCCCUACUACUCCUUCUGCUCGCCGUGCCAGGUGGCCUUCGACUACGUCCUGCGAUUCGAGAGUCUGUCGCAGGAGGAGGCCUUCCUGGUGGCCAAGGUCCCUCGCCUCUCCACCGUCGUCCAGCCGCACAGACUCCACGCUUCCCACACAGACUACGAGACCGCCACGAGACACUACUUCUCCCAGCUGUCUGAGGCGAGGCUGUUGGCUCUCUACGCCAUCUACAAGCGCGAUUUCGAGAUCUUCGGUUACGAUGCGACGCCCUAUUUCGACUACGCCAAGGAUUCGUAGAGAGGAAGGAAAGGAAGGAAGGAAAGAAGAGGAUUAAAAGAAUGUUUUUUUAA